UACAAUCUAAUCACAGCUACAUGGAAUAACAAUACUAGCUUGAGCUGAAGAGUCAAUUGAAAAGCAAUCGUUUACAUAUGUACCGGACUUGUAUUGGGUAAUAAUUGGAAGAACUUGAAACGAACAUGCCACUUCUCAUUUCUUACGUUCGCUGGUUUAUAAAAUUCUGGGGAAGGUUUUGGUUUCGGUUCUACUUUUACGCUUCAGUUUUCUUCUUAAUAAUAUCUGCCAAUGAGAAAAUGGACAAAAUUCCAAACAGUGAUGAAGAUUUGAGAUCACACCAAAAGUCUUCAAUGUCUUCAGAAAUUAGUUCAGCACUCCAACCGUCGUUUAACAGUCCCAGUGUACCUAGCACCAGAUCUCUACCUGAUCCAAGUUACGAACUUUAUACGAAAUUUAGAGACACUACACCUGUAAAAGAUACACCCUAUAGAACAUCUACAGCUUUUGAAAUAUGGAGGACUUCUUCUUCUUGGUUUCAACAAGACUCUGACGUUAUAAUAUCAAAUAACGUUUAUUUGACUUAUUUAGAUCCAGGACAAAGCAGUUCGAAAUUAUUUAGUGCACAAAAACAACGCUUGACAAAAACUAAGUCUCUAGAAAAUUCCCAUUUUGUUCGUCCUACUCCCGUUUUACUCAUUUCCCCAAGUGCUAAAACAACGCCUGAACUUAGAGCUGUACAUGAUUCGAAAACUAAGACACCUCUCCAGGAUAAUUCUGUUGAAGCAUCUCCCGUUGUAAUUUCUAGUUCGUUCAUUACAGCCGAAAAUAAUUUUCCUAAGAAAACAUUCAUGAAGUUAUUGAACAGUACUCGAGCAAGGAGAAAAAAAUUAACCAAAGAGAAUAACAAAAGUGUGUCAAAUAAUGAGAAAACGUCUUUCACGUUAAAAAUAAUGAGCGGUGUAUUUUCACCUUCUCUCCACUCCCAAAACAAUCUUUCCAAUAAAAAUCCUCUAGAUGGACCAGUUAUCUCGUAUAAGGACUUACCAAAAUUUAUUUCUCUUUCUUCCACUACAGAAACUCCAAGAUCAAAGAUUUUGAGAAAAAUAUCAAGUCCUACCAGUAUUAUGUCUCAUACAAUUUCGUCUUUAAACAAGAAAAAGACAAAACUUGUCGACAGUCAUCCAGUUCCAUCAAAACAGAGUUCCUUUAUGACCUUAUUAGCUAACCCUUAUACAGUUACUCACUCAUCUCAUUUCAAAGUUUUCAGGUCCUCUGUGAUUCACGAUAUUAAACCAAGUUUUGUAGUUCCACAAGGGAAAGGAACAAAAUCAGUCACUUCAAAAGAAACUUCACUCAUUGAAGACCAAUCUGAUAAAGCUUUUUUUUUAAGUAAAAAAGACAGUUCGAUGAAAACACCCUUUACAGUGGAAAAUAAGACUUCAGUAGCAAAAGUUUUGAUCUUUUACGAGUACACAGCUACCAACAAGAGCACUGGAGAAACUAUUCAAGUAAAACCAAUGAAUGUUUCCAUGACAACAAAAAACGGAAGAGAAGAACCACUAGUAGCAACAGCAGCCGGACCAAUCAAGAUAAGUCCCCAGUAUUUUAUUCCAUUUGUAUUUGCUUACAUUGCCUUAAAGCUGGAAAUGGACUGGUCUGAAUUCUGUACCGGAAAAGAAUUUAUUCGUAAGGAAAUCGCUGAUUUAAUUUCAAAAAAGGGAGAGUCAAUAGAAUUCAACCAGCUUGUGUUUUUUGACAUCCUUGAAGACUGUCGAGUUGCGUUUGACCAAAAAAAUAAAUUAACUAGCUUUCGGGACGAUGAAGGUCACUUUAUACAAAUCAAUUUAUUUUUAUUAAAUAAAAAUGGACAUUACGACUUCAACUUGACGGAAAUAUGUGGCGCCCUCUUAAAAUCUGGAGCUAACGAUGUCAAGAAUACUAUCUACGACAGAAAAGUAUACAGUAUACAAGUUGAAUUUAGAACCAAGGACGUGAAACCUUCUGAAAAAGCUAGAGAUAAUUCUUCUUCACAAGGAAACAUGGGUGUUAUUACGGUGAUGUCUGUCGCCGGUGUUUGCGUGCUUGCUGUUACCUUGGCCAUCAUAAAACAUCGACGUAGACGAACUAGUAAGUGUGAACAAGCCCAUCAAGAAGACUACAGUUUAAAUUCUUUUCACACCGAUACCAACAUUCAGCAAAAAGAACUCCAAUUUUCGAUGAGAUCAUUUCUCAAUCAAGCUUUCGAUGAUCCGGAUAUACUAUCGCACCCAGUAGAUUCCACUGGUCUCACAAAUUUCAGCUGUAACUAUGAAGCUAUGGAAGAUGAGUUUAAGAGUAUUCCUAUGAACAUGUCUCGAAUGGAUCAAAUCCAUCCAAAGACCCGUGUUCCCUUGACUUACAUCCGGGGAGAAGCAAACUCGAAUUACAUCAAUGCCAAUUUCGUAAGGGGUUAUGGAGGAAAAUCGGAAUUCUAUAUCGCAUGUCAAGCUCCUUUGCCGGAAACUGUGGCGGAUUUCUGGAGAAUGAUUUGGGAACAACAGAGUAAAGUAAUUUUAAUGCUGACCCUGUGGGACGAAGAUGAUAUUCCACGGUGUGCGCCAUAUUUCUCAGAAAACAUAGUCAAUUGCCAUCGCGUGUUUGGUGAUUUCCAGGUAUCCUUGCAGAAAAAAGAAGUUCAAGAAAACUACACUAUCUCGGUAUUUCGGUUGUAUAAUCUGGAGAGAAAUUUGUUUCGAGAAAUAACUCAUCUCUGGUACAGAACCUGGCCACCGAAUGGAGUUCCUGAAGACGUCAACAAAAUGCUGCAGUUUUUAUUGGAAGCUCGGCGUUAUAUGAUCAAUAACACUGGCCCUGUUGUUGUUCAUUGUAGUUCAGGUACAGGAAGAACUGGCACUGUGUUAGCCUUAGACAUCUGUAUGAGAGAGUAUGAAGAAUGUCGAACUGUGGACAUCCUCCGUUGCGUGUACAGACUUAGACAAGACAGAGAUGGGGCUGUCCAAACAAAGGAACAAUAUUUCUUUCUUUAUGAGGCUCUAAAUGAAUAUAGCUGCCGACUUGUCAACCAGUCGCGUAGACCGUCAUUUAUGCCUUGUAAUGUUUGAUCUCGACACCGAGAAUUUUGGUUAUGCCAAAUAUAUUUCUCAAACUGAGAUGCGCACAGAUAAUUAUAAAACGUGUCACGCGCGCACGAUAGCAAGUCUUGGAAUAAUUUCCGUUAUUGAAUUCCUGCACCGAAGCUGAAAAUUUUUUACGAAAAGUUCUGAUUUACAUUGUCAUUAGCAAUUUGUAAAUAAUUUACUUUUCUAUGUAAAACAUAAUAUCAACUUGUCUUGAUAUAUAUUAGAUCAUCCAUUAUAUUUCGCACUUUGAUUUAAAGUAAUAUAUUCUAAACAUCUUAAUAUCUGUA